GGAAAAGGUGGUGGGUGUGUUGCUUUGGUUUAUGUUUUAGUUCCGUAUGAUUUAUUGUAUUAAAGCGUAGUGUUAGUGGUAGUAUUGAUUUUUUUAUAAAUUAAAUAAACGUUUUUAGUGUAAAUUAAUUAUUAAACCGUCUUUAAUAGUGUAUAUUUACGACACAUUAAUAUUAUUUCUUAAAUUUGUUUUGGAAUAUUUACGUCGAUUGUUUUCGUUUGUGAUGUGUAUUAUAAAUAACGAAUUAAGAUAACGAGUUAUAGUGUUAAAAUUUGCAAAUAAUUAAAAUAAUGAUUAAUAAUGAGGCCAUUUACGAGGAAUCAGUUAAACAAGGUUCCUUGAAAAAUGGAUGGAAUUAAUAAACGCAGUUCGAUUUUUGAAUCUUUGCAAUGUCGACUCCGUGCCAAAAAGGCGGGAUGCGCCUCAGCGAAGCCCUAGAUAACAUACAACUAGCGUACAAUCCGAUUACGAAACAACUACAUUUCGUGAGUCCUAAGGUCGAAAGCCCAGUAGAGGACACUUCGGACGACAUUGAUAAAUUAUCAAAGAAGAGCAGUUUCAGUGACGAAGGGAAUUUUUCUAUUUCAACCUGUGAAAAGAGUGACACUAGUGAUUCGCCAAAGAGUACUCUACAAUGGGGCGGCAGUGUGAAUGGCCAUCAGCGCGGCAAGGAUGGAGGAUCUUUCUCCAGCACCGUCUCGAGUCUGUCAGAGUGUUCCAUAGGAUCCAGUGCAUCAAAGGAAGAUGAUCUUGCCGAAGUUAAUACUGUUCAAGAACAUACAAAAUUAAAGAAGAAAGGUCUCUCUGGAUUCUUUAGCAGAGGCGUAUUCCCGUGGAAAAGUAACUCGUCGACUUCUAAGACCCAAGAAUCAAAUGCAACCACCACAUGGCGAUUAUUCGGCAGUAAAUCCAAUGGAAAUAUAGCUAAGAGUUUGACCACUGAGGUGCAGAACUCACUCACGCCUACAUCGUCAGCCGCAAACACACCGCACCAUCAUAAAAGACAAGGCAGUUCGGCUAGCGAGAAGCAGUUCGAUGAUCUAGUCGCCAGUUCAAUAGCACUCAUACAGCAUGACCGACCUUCAAACCUACCAGCAAAAUGCACGGAAGAGGCGCUGCGACACAAGGCAGAACACGCUAGAAUGGUCGAGGCAGCGAGGCGCAGAGUGGAAAGAGAGGCAGCAGCAAGGCAUGCAAGAUUGCAAGAAUCAAUACGUAUGGAGGAGAGACUCGCAAGACACGCGCGAGAAUGGACGCAAACAAUACUACCUGAUUGGCAUAACAUGAAAAACGCAAAACGUACAUUGGAUCUUUGGUGGAGCGGACUUCCACCGGCGAUAAGGGGUAGAGUCUGGCAACUCGCUAUUGAAAAUAAAUUGAAAAUAACACACGAAAUGUACGAGGAUUACGUCGUCAAAGCGAAACAGAAACUUCAAGAAGCACAGCUGAGGAGGAAACGGUUAAAAGUCCACACGAAAAAUUCCUGCGACUGUGAACACGAUGAACCCAAGAAAGAUGACCAAAAAAUAGAAGACAGGCUAUCUAGCGGAGAAUUUUCCAAAUGUGAAGAGAGAUCGUCGAAAAGAACGGAGAAGUUGGCUAAAAUGGACGACAGGAUUGAAGAAAAAUCGGAAAAACCAAGAUUGGGAUUACCGAGGAACUUUAGUGAGCAGAACUUGAAAUCUAUAAACGUCGAUCCUGGACCGAAGAAGUGUUGUUCGAAGUCUAACCCCAAUCUACUAGAUUAUAGUGACGAAUGUUCGAUGGAGCUGAUCCAGUUGGACAUAGCGCGGACGUUUCCACAUUUGUGUAUAUUCCAACCGGGUGGACCGUAUUUCGAUGUGCUACACGAGCUGCUGGCGGCGUACGUCUGUUAUAGGCCAGAUAUUGGUUAUAUUCAGGGUAUGUCAUUCAUAGCCGCCGUGCUCAUACUGAACAUGGAAGCGCCUCAAGCGUUCGUCUGCUUCGCUAAUCUCCUCGACGGCCCGGUUCUACGAGCCGCUUUCACCAGAGAUGGUGACACUAUGCAGCGGCUGUGGAAGGCGUACGCGCGGCUGCUGCGGCGCCACCUGCCGGCGCUGGCGGACGCCGUGGCGCCCGAGCUGUACCUGCUGGAGUGGCUGUACACGGCCUUCGCCAAGGCCAUGCCGCUGGACGCCGCCUGCCGCGUGUGGGACGUGUUCCUGCGCGACGGGGACUCCUUCCUCUUCAACGCCGCGCUCGGUAUCCUCCAUCUGUACCAAGACGAGCUGAAAGACAUGGACUUCAUAUCAGCCGCUCAGUUCCUCACCAAACUCCCCGAGGAUCUAGAUCCAGAGGCACUAUUCAAAAGCAUAUCCUCCAUCUCGAUGACCCUCGACGGCAUGUCCUUCGAGGAGUUAGUCUCCUGCUGCCCGGUGGAAAACAGCCUGGACGACGACGUCACACUUCGAUUAUGAUAUACAUGUGAGUGGGUAUUCAAUGGAUUAUUUAAGUUAUAGUAUUUAAUGAAAUUGUAGUUAGGUUUUAUACUUAGGUUACAAUCUAUUUAAAAGUUAACCUUCUUCAUCAUUGUUCAACAAAUUAUAUAAAACUUUUGCAAUAAUCCAAAAUUCACGGAAUAGUGACUAUCGCUUAUAUUCCAAUUUCAAUUUUCUUCUAAACGAAAACUGCGUCAUUCAAUUGUUACAGUUUAAAUUGAAAAUCUAAUAUUUCACGUUAUUUCUAUAUAUUAGAUAGUGAAUAAUAAAUGUUAAUGAUAUUAUCUUACCGAGUCUUAAAAUCGGAUUCCAAAUUAAUGAAAACAGUCCAUACAUUUACCGUUCAAAAUAAUUUGAAAAUGUAUUCCAAAUUAUUAAUAUUAACAUAAUAAUAAAUUAAGAAGCUGGUCUUCUGUUAAAAUUAUAUGGAUGAAUUAAAAACCUUCGAUUUAAAUACUGUAUGCGAUUUGUUUACAGUUCUGGAUUAAUAAAUAUUAAUACUCCUUUACUGAUCUACGUAUAUCCGUUUUAAUUCUACUUUCAAAGAUCCCGUAAUAACUUCGCCGACAUUCAAAACGUUUAUUUAGAUCUCGACCAAUGAUAUCAUUUCAUUUCAAGGUCAAAGUUGUUUGUAUACCAAAACUCUUGCCAAGAGAGAUCGGUUAUCAUUUUGGGAGAUUGGUAAUUAAUCGUAUAGCAACAUUUAUUAGGCGAAUAAUUAUAAAACGGAUGUUGUUACUAUUAUAAAUAUAUAUACAUAUAUAUCGACCCUUGUAUAGUUUAUGAGGGUUGUGGAGAUGUAUAGAAAAUUUUUCCUCAAUAGUUAACAUACAUAAUUAUGAUAUAGAAGUUAUCGUGUUAUGAAAAAUUGUGAUCUGUGCACCAUUUUUUUAAGGUAGUAUCAUAGAUAUUAAUAAAAUGUAUAUAUAUUAUUUAGAACGCAUAUUAUUUAAUCCAUAAUUCUUUAAUAAUAUGUGUCUAUACUGUACAUAUUUUCCUCAUAUAAAUAAUAUAGUUCUAAAUAUACAUGUCUUGUAAUUGGAUCUAGUUUGGACUAGAUCGGUAAGAUUUUAAAAACUAAGCUUAAAUUUGAUAUGCUACUUAGCUAUAAAGAAUCUCAAAACGCCAUUUUGUUUAUUGUUACAUACAUUUUUAGACAACGUCUCAUUAAAAUAUAUCUAAUAUUCGAAUAGAUAAAAAUGUAUGAUUCAUUAUUCAUAUUCAUCAGUCGGCUUAAAAGGGCCUAUGUUUUAAGUGACAGCUAGUUGAAGAAUAAAAAAUAAACAAAAUUAUAAUGUAUAUAACAAUACGUUAAUAAUGAUAUCUCUUUUUAACAUAUCACCUUUAGAUUCAAUCCAAAUCAAAUGUAUUUUAUUCAAGUAAAUUUAUAUUAAAGCAUUUUUAAAUGAAUAUUAACCACUCUACCACCGGUUUGAAAAAUAUCUAUAAUUAUUUAUUUCCUAAGUUUUUUUUUCAUUUACAAUAUAUAUAUUUUUUUAAUAUAUAAACAUAUUACAAACUUGAAAUAAUGCAGUUAUUUCAUUAACACGAAUGUUACCGGAGAUGCUUUAAACUGUAUUCGAUUAAACUAAUCAUAAUAGCAACCGCAAUCAUGAUCUAUGUUCAAAUCAUUUUCAAACUUAAAUCGUCACUAGAAAUGUAGCAAGUGUAGGCGUGUUAGACAAAUUAACUGCUUAUUUAUAUAAGUGGUGUAUACACAUAUCAUAGUAGAAAUAUAUAAAGCUCAGUUUAAAAAUAUUUAUAUAUGUACAAUAUCUAAUACAUAUUGAAAAUGUCUUGAUAUGAUUAGUUUUUAAUUACUUCAUGUACGACCUCAUUUAAUAAUUAAUUUAUGUCAACCAAUCAACAACGCCUGUUUUGUUCUUUGUUAAUAUAAUCUUUUAUAAUACAUUUUAUUACUAAAUUGGUUUGCCAAUCUUUAAUUAUUCAAUCGUUGGGCAAAACUCACAGGUUGAUGAGUAUGUGUGUCUACUAUUAUACCUGAAGGUUCCUUCAUAGCCGAUCAUGUCUAUUAAACGUGUACCAAUAAGGAAAAUGAAAAGGGUAUGGACAGCAAAACAUUUAUUUUUAAUUAUAACUUUUUUAGUGAAAUAGUUAAUGCAUACACUUUAGGCUUUAUUAAAUUUGUUUAUGCAAUACAAAAAUUUUAUAUUUUAAAUAAUCAUUCUUGUGUUUUCAUUAUAUACACCAUUUUUUUCCACGAAAAACUUUCACUUGUAAAGAGCGCAUCAGUCAUGUGAAAAGUGUAUGAAUUCCCACAAAAUGGAACGCUAAUAAAACAAUUAUUUAUUGGUACGGAUAGUAAACAAAUGAAUAUUCAAACUUAUUAUAUAUAUCUUCUAUAUAAUAAAUAAUAUUCGUUUAGAUAUAUACCAGUGUUGUAAAUAAUGUAAAUAGUUAUUGUAUAAAUAUUGUCAAUUAAAUUUACUUUGUAAUUAUUGUAUAAUUAUUUCAAUGUAUCUAUGAAAAUCAAUCAACGAGUAGUCGGACCGGCCUAAUAGUUAAUGUGUAAUCGAAAGAUCUUCUUCGAAGAAGAUUCGAAUCUUAAAUAAUAAUUAUUAUUAAUUAUAGAUAUUUAUAUUAAUACAUAAUUAGAAAUUGUCUGUUUAUAUGUAAAUGCAAAAUUUGUUUAUCUCAAUUUCUUUUAUAUUGUCAUUACAUUAAAACUGUUACUAACAGUAUUUAAAACGGGAUAUUUACCAUGUUUUUUAUUAUUAUUUGUUGGAGCUCGAUAU